CAUCAGGGGUACUUUGGUCACUUAUUCUGGAUAACGGGGCAUAAAUUCCCUACAUUUGUGGGGGUGUCGACGCGGUGAAACCUAGCUCUUUGCUACAAAAAGCAUCAUAAUCUUCACACCAACCCUCCCAACACUUCCCAUUCCACCUUUCCCUUUUCUUCUCCUUCUCUCCCCACAUGCACUCAUCUCAUCGCCCCAUGGGUCCGUCGGGUCUGACCCGAUACGUCUCCGCCCCUGGCUCCCUCUUAAAGAGCAUCGUCGAUUCGGUCAUCGAAGAUGAAGGAGAAUUCUCGACCGUCGGAUCUGAUGGCAUGAUGAGCAGAUUCUUUUCGGGCGAAUCUUCAUGUCCGACGACGUCGGAAUCGAGCUGCAAGCCUAACAACGACGGCUCUUCCGGUGUGGUCGAGGAAGCUGCUUAUAGGAGCGAAAUUGGGAAAACGGGUCUGGAGAGAUCUUCUUCUUAUGGUUUGAAUGAGAUGGCCGCUGGAGAUUUCACAGCAACAGCUACUAAUUUAAAAACCGGUGGGCCAUCCUUGAUCAGGCAUAGCAGCUCGCCCGCCGGCUUCUUCUCCAACAUCACGGUCGAGAACGGUUUUUCAGUUACAAAGGGAGUUGGAAACUUCAGCUCCCAAGCAUGCUAUGAUGGUGGCCAGGGAAUGGCAAAUACAAGGAUGAAGUCCCAGCUGAGCUUCUCGAGGCAAGACUCUCUUUCCCAGAUCUCUGAAAUCAGCAUCCCCGACGUUGGCGAGAGUGUAACUGGCCGCACUGGAUCCGAUGACGCAGGGAAUGUUGGACAGUCAUAUAUGUCGAGCAAUUUUCCUAUGGGUUCGUGGGACGAUACCAAUGCAAUAGUAUUCUCUCCACCUCAGAGCAAACUGAUGAAAGAUAUCAAUGGAAAUGUAGUCACUGGUUUCCGAAAUAUAGAGUCUCAGUUUAGCCUGCCCCAAACAUCGCUGGAGAUGGCCACUGUGGAGAAGCUACUCCAAAUCCAGCCAGACUCCACUCCUUGUAAAAUACGUGCCAAGCGUGGCUGUGCGACCCACCCCCGGAGCAUCGCCGAGAGGGAUAGGAGAACCAGGAUUAGUGAAAAGCUGAAGAAAUUACAAGAUCUUGUACCAAACAUGGACAAGCAAACAAACACGGCAGAGAUGUUGGAUUUAGCAGUUCAGCACAUCAAAACCCUGCAGAACCAGAUUCAGUUCCAUGAAAUCACAAUCCCAUCACCUAAAUAUGCGAGAGAUUCUAUUUCAAGAAGGCUUUAUUUCCAUUACAAUUCCAUGCAUCGAAACUCGUCGCAAUUCAAUUCACUUGUGCAGCCAAACAUAACCAUAAGGCAUACAUCAGGGGCACCGGAGUUACUUGUUGCAGGUGAUCCUAGUGUAACUUGGUCUGUCUCUGCAGAAGCUGAAGCAAGAAUGUGCGAAUUGCACAUGUGCAGGAAAGCAAGUGGCGUAGUAUCUACAGUAGAAAAUGAUUUCUUUUGUGUUACUCAUGCUCAUCGAGCAUGCAUCACUCCACUAGGUGUACCACAACUGUCCAUCUUCGGGAUCCGAAGGUAAGAUAUGGUUGGAAAGAUAUUUUCGAUUGGUCACAGUCGACUCCAUUAAUAAAUGAUUAGGAUCAUCCUGACCAUGCCUCUCAUCAUCCACAAUAGUCCCAAGAAGAUGGACGGCUCUGGUCAUUUGGCCAUCUGGUGAUCUAGACCUGCGAAGAACCAAAUUCGAGGCAAUGUAGGUUGUUCCAAUGCAAGGAUUGUGGUGUGGAAGAAGAUUGAGAUAUGAGAAAGUAAGACUCUGAUGAAGGACUAUUUUUUGUGUAUAUUUAAGGAAGAAUCUCUGAUUGGUUUUUCUUCAUAUGGAAGGAUGGAUUGUGGGAGUUUUGCUGAGAGCAAUGUAAAAGAGAUUUUGAAUUA